AUAGUUUAAAUAGUAUUGAAAAGAUUUUGAUUGCUUUAAGAUAUUUUGCUACAUCUAGCAUUCAACUUAAUGAUGGAGAUAUCCAUGAGGUUUCGCAGCCUACAGUUUCAAGGGUCAUAUCCCAAGUUACUCAAGCUUUGACUGAGCCUGAAAUUGUACGACAAUUCAUCAGUGUUCCAACUGCUCCCGGAGAAAUCCGACAAAUAAAGGAAGACUUUUUCAAUAUUGCAAGGUUUCCAAAUGUAAUUGGCGUUAUCGAUGGGACGCAUGUCCAGAUUCAAGCCCCAGUUGUUGAUGAACCGGCGUAUGUGAAUCGGAUGGGUUACCAUUCCAUAAACACACAGAUCAUGUUUGAUGCCAUUUGUCUGAUUAGAGACAUUGUACCGCUGUGGCCUGGGGCUGUCCAUGAUGCCAGAAUCUUAAGGCAAAGUGGCCUAUUUCAAAUCAUGGAGCAGAAUGUUGUCGAUGACCAACAUCAAUAUCUACUUGGGGAUUCGGGAUAUCCGUGCAAGAGAUGGCUCCUCACUCCAUUUAUGAAUCCAGCUGAUGAGCACCAGCUGAUUUACAACCGGGCACACAAACGUACGAGAUCUGUUGUUGAGCGUUCCAUUGGAAUUUUGAAAAGGAGAUGGGCUAUUCUUCACAAUGAAAUUCGAUUGCAUCCAUUAAAGUCGUGCAAGGUGAUUUUGUCAUGCGCUGUUCUGCAUAAUAUAUGCAACAUGCGAAAUCUGCCAAUGGAUCCUUUGGACAUAGGUGCCUUACAAGAUCAUCCUGAAAAUUACAAUGGAAAUGAAUAUGGCCUUCGUUACAGGAAUGUAGUAGCAAAUACAUUUUUUUAGAUCAUGUUCACGUUAUUGAACAAGUCAUGUUUUCAGAGCUGUUAAUGCAAAUAAUUUGCAUACUAAAUACAACUAUUUUAGCAUGUAUGGCAUUUUUUUCAAAAAUCAUAAGACAUACACAAUGUAGAUGAAGUUCAUGUGAAUCUUUAUCUUCAAAACAAAAUAAAAGUAAUGUUUGAUUAAAUACAACAACAACAUGUAUAAUAUAAUUCUAU